UUGCUAAAUUCAGGCUCUAAAGAACAUAAGAAGGGGUGGCAGUGAAGAAGGAUAUGUCAUUUUCUGUAGUUCCAGCUUAUCAAGAAGUUUCCCAAAUUCAUGGGUUCUUCAAUCCAAACAAGACUCUUUUCAGGUGGAGGAAGAAAUGCCCUGCAAUCAGAUGUUCAAAUAGAAAAGCAGAAAGUGCAAGGAUAGAGAAGAACUACUAUGAGUUAUUGGGAGUUUCUGUUGAUUCAGAUUCUAAAGAGAUUAAGGAGGCAUAUAGGAGGUUGCAAAAGAAAUAUCAUCCUGAUAUUGCUGGACAAAAGGGCCAUGAGUGUACUCUAAUGCUGAAUGAAGCUUAUAAGGUCCUGAUGAGGGAGGAUCUCAGGAGAAAGUAUGAUAUUUCCAUUGGUCAAUUAAGAAUGGGAACUGGAAGGAACAAUAAUGUGAUGGGUUUCAGCUCCUGGAAAGGGCCAGUUAGACAUCAAGCUCUAUUUGUUGAUGAAAAUGCAUGUGUAGGAUGCCGAGAGUGUGUCCACCACGCGAGCAAUACAUUCUCCAUGGAUGAAGCUCAUGGAUGCGCACGAGUCAAAGUUCAGUUCGGUGACGAUGACGAAAAAAUUCAGGUAUCCGUUGAUUCGUGCCCGGUGAACUGCAUUCAUUGGGUUGAUAAGGAAGAGUUGACUGUGCUUGAGUUCCUGAUUCAACCUAAACCCAGAGAAGGGUAUGGUGUAUUUGGACAAGGCUGGGAAAGACCUAGUAAUGUUUUUGCAGCAGCAAAGUCAUUCAACAAGCAACUAAAACGACAGACUGAAAAUUUUGAAACAGCAAGAGCAACCACUGAAGAAGAGACGCCUGCUCAAGCAGAGGCUCGAGCCAAUGCUAGCAUGAAAAUUGAGAGGGAGAGAUUCUCAACAAUCUGGAAUUUUGUGAGAAAAUUCCUUUGGGUCAAACAUAUGGAAUAGAAGUGCAAUGUCCAUACCAUAAGAGGUUCUCUUUUCUUAUAAGUAUCUAAUAAGACAGCCUAAAGCUGCCAGCACAAACGAUUGGAGCAUAAACAAGAUGUACAGUGCAAGGAGUAUUACAAUUUUAUGUUUCAUAUAUUGCAAUGCAAGCACCAAACUGCAAAAGAGAGUAAAUACAAUAUUGUAUUGGUUCUACAUGUGUAUAUUUCAAAAAGGUGCUUAGUUUCUCAUCACAAUGUGACUGCAAAUUGUUAAAGGCAACAAUGGAACAACUUCUCCACAUCUCUUUUGAAUUA